AUGUUGUUGAGAUCACUCUUGGUCCUCGGGACCUUGGCCGCCAGUGCCGCUGCGCAGGACGGCAUACAUGCCAGACAAAACGACUCGUCUCCGGCGGAAUAUGCGGCAAGCUCUGCUGAAUACACUCCUUCACCCACGCCGGAGUCCGUUGUCGAGGUGGUGUCCUCAGUCCCAGCAAAGACUGAAUCGGUCGCUGAGUCUGCGUCGUCGUACGCUGCCCAGCCAGAGCCAACACCCACUGAUUCGAAGAAGACUGAGGACUACAACACCAACACCGAUGAUUGCGAGCAUUGGGGCUCCAAAACCACUUGCACCGAGACAGUCUUCACCACCCAGUCCUACACCACAACUGACUAUGAGACGACAACCGUAGUGAAGACCAGCGUCACCUCGUAUCCUGUUACGACGACAGUUGCCAUCUGCAAACCUGUACCGGAGCCGACCACUUCAGAACCGGCCGGGUACCCCACGUACGGCAGAAAGCGGACUAACCACGAGAUCUGCGAGACCAAGACGGUGGUAACCUCGACAACAAAAACAGAGUACAUCACCGAAUAUACGACUGUUCCAGUGCCAACUACUAUCGAGGUUACUCAGAAGUACCCCACAACGGUUAUCCAAACGGAAGUUGAAACUCAAAAGUACACGGAGACCAAGGAUCGCACCCAAGUUGUCACCCAGACUCAGGAAGUGACCGCUACCAAGGUUUACACUUCGGUCUCAACCUUCACCACCAAACAUAUUGUGACAACCGAGAUUCCAGUGACUGUGGUGUCGAGUGUCACUCAGUACAUCACAACCACUUUCACGACGACGGAGGUCUUGACCAGCAACUACUACUUCACCAAGACUCAGACUCAAAAGAUCACGGACUACGAGACAGUCACCAAGGAUAAAACCAAGGAAGUCACCGACUACCAGACUGUAACUAAGGACAAGACCAAAGAAGUGACCAACACGGCCACUAUCACGAAGCCCGUUACUCGCACCGCUACAGUGACGUCUGUCACAACUUUCACAACCCCGACAACUAUUGUCUCGACAUAUGUAUACACAACAAGCGUCCCCUACACUAUCACACUGGACCACACUACGACGACGACAGCUUGGAGUGUGUCUACCUGGAUUAGCAAGACGACUUACACGAAGCCAAUCACCAUCACGGCGUCUUACACCGAAAUCCAGACCCAGACCGCGACUGCGACUGCCACUGUGACAGACCGACAGACUGAGCGAUACACCGAUUCAACCACCAUCUACGUGUCGAAGACUUUCUACGACACCAUCACAGUCUCAACCAGCUACCCUGUCACUGUUCCUGUUACUGUCACGAAUGACCGCACUAUCCGGGAGACUUCUUACACUACUGUCGUGGAAACUUACGUUACCACCAUCAUCUCUAAGGUUCCAGUCGUUUCGUACAUCACGCGAACUAACACCCGCACGGCAACAGCAACGGUCACCUCUCCGCCAGACACAAUCACUUUGCCGCCGGUCACUGUGACAACCACGAUCUCGGGCUCCCUCACGACAAUCACUUUGCCGGCAUCAACCAUCAUCGUGCCCACGACCGCAACAGUUACAGGCCCUGGCGAAACUGUCACGCUUCCUGCUUCGACCAUCACCAUACCCCCAGUUACGGUGACAACGUCCAUCUCCGGCUCUCUCACCACGAUCACCUUGCCGGCGUCGACCGUGACAGUUCCCACGUCGAUCUUCGCUACCGCAACGGUCACUGGACCUGGUGCCACCAUCACUUCUCCCCCUGAGACAAUCACUCUGCCUGGCUCAACAAUCAUCUCAACCAUUGCUGGCGAGCUGACUACAAUCACCCUUCCGGGCACUACCUUGACUCUCACUACAACGGACCUCGAGACUAUCACUAUCCCGCCUGAGACAACCACUCUCCCUGGUACGACCGUAAUUACCACUCUGACCGAGACUGCCCCAGCCUCCACUGUCACGAUUACCGAGGAUGGAACGACCUUCACCAGCGUGAUUCCUGGCCCGACGUCGGUGGUGACUUCGACUGUGACUGUGCCUCCAGUCACUCUCACUCUUCCUCCCACGACGACGACGGUGACCUACACGGACAUCCAGGCGUGUCCUGUUCCGACUGAAGCGCCCGGCCGUUUGGCUGCAUUCAACCCCAAGUCAGAUCGCACCUGGGGCUGUGCACCUGGUUAUGUCUGCAAUCCCCCCAAGCCAGGUGGCUGCGACCUUUGGGCAGACUCUCCAGUCGAUGAGUAUGUCUGUGAGCCCCAGUACUGUGUGGAGGCACCGGAGUUCAAGAGGUCCGACUUGGACUGGAAGAACAAUGAGACUGGUUACAUCCCUCCAAAUGAAGGCUACUUCAACCUCAACCCGGAGGCUUUCGGUCUCUCGUAUGAUGUCUUUGAGUUUGAGGUCAUUACGACGUCCUACAAGAAACAUGGAAAGUACAAGACGACUACCAUCACGACGGGCAACUGGGCCUCGCAAACUUCGCUGACGCAUUUCCCCCCGGCUUCAACAACCGCCACCGCUACUGUCGCAUCUGUUCCUACAAGCACUGCAAAGAGCGACUAUGAGUAUCACCAUAAGCCAGGAAAGACGUACGAGCGUCGUGCUGUUCUCCGCAAGCGCGAUGACUCAGUUGCUCCUGCAGUCUGUUUCUCCCCUUGCAACGAUGCCUACGCUGAAGCACAGGAAGUUGGAAAGUCAUCAGCCCUGUGCGCAACUGGCUCUGCGUUCAAAGAGAGUUACGCGAUUUGCGGUGAAUGUAUCGACUUGAACUCCGAAAAUGUCAAGUUGACUCAGCAAUUAUACCUAGCCCCUAAGUUCCAGCAAUUUAACGACUACUGCGAUGGCCAGGCACCAGUCACAGGAACCACCAGUGCUGCACUUCCAGUAGGGACAGCAACCGCGACCCUCACCACUGAAUCUCAGAUAAGCCAGGCGAGCAGCAUGACUCCUGAGCCCAUCACUGAAUCCUCAUCGAGCACGUCUGUUCAAAGCACUACCGCUCCCGCGUCCACUCCUACGCCCACGCCCUCGUCGUUCACCAGUCCUUCGUCAGUGGCUGAGACAACUUCCUCCGCCACGAGCACUUCCGUCACAGCGGCGUCCUCGAGUACCCCUGAGAGCUCGUCCGCCUCUGCGACUGCCUCCGCGCCUGAGUCUUCGUCGUCGGCCGCAUCCACCACGCCAUCAGCCACAACUUCAACCGCAACAACCGCAACAACCGCAACAGCUUCGACCUCUGAGAGUGCAUCGUCGGCUGAGUCUACCGCAGAGUCCACCGAGGCAAGCGCAACCUCCACUGCUACUGCCAGCGCAACUGCUUCCGGAAGUGCGUCGGCAACUGCCUCGGCUUCAGCUUCCACGGCCUCUUCUGCUUCGUCUGCCGCGGAGUCCACCGGAACCGCGACAACCGGAGCCGGCUCCAGCCCGUCAGCAUCAAGCCCCUCGGAAUCUGGCACCGCUGCCCCUUCCGAAACCAGCGGAGCUGCAUCUUCUGCCCCGAGUGCCUCAUCCACUGUCACCGAGCCGAGCUCCACAUCAACCGGCCCAACUGCCGCGGUCACCGCCGCGGCCGUCAAGCCUGCGACCUCCACCUUCUUCGCCAUCUUGGCACCGAUCGUGGCUCUCCUCCUCAUCUAA